AUGGUCGAUUGGAAUGUAAGUCGGGAAGAUGAUGGCGAGGAUGAAGGUGGAGUUCCGGACAAUGUAUGCCCAGCACAACUGAAAGCCGGAUGUGAAAUUGUAAUUGAAAAUAGUACGCGAAUGAAAAAUAACGAUUGUAAUCUAGAGGAUGUCGAUGACGAGGAACCUUAUGACGAUACUUUAGACGAUUGCAGCGGCGCAGCGGACCUCACUAAGGAUCAGUGCAAUAAAACCGUGGACAUCUUCGAAGAUGUCAGUUCGCCGGAGGUGAAUAGCCUGAAUGUAGGCCGGCCGUUAACCUGUUGGUAUCGUUUCCGUACGCUGAAAGGUGCACCGCGUGACUUUGUGUUGCGGUUGCGUUUUAAAAAGUUUAAAGUUGGCACACUGCUGAAUGCUACAUACUGCGAGGGCGGCUAUUUACAGAUUGUGGAUGGCAAUGCGAAGACUGACGUAUCCAAUCGCCGUGAGCCCGGCAUGUUUUGUGGCGAGGCCGAGCAGCCGCAGACUUUCAUCAGUGAGACCAAUUAUGUCAAAGUGCUCUUCCACACGGAUAAUUUUACCGAUCAGACAUAUUUCACAUUUGAUUCGCGUGCAGAACAACAAACGGAAGUUUAUUUACGCUAUGGCCAACAUCCGGAACUGUAUCCCAAUCGUCGGGGCGAAGUGGUGCAAGGCUCCUACUGUGAGCGCGAAUAUCGCGAUUGCCGACUACAAACUUGUUAUGUGCAAUCGCCCGCAUAUCCUGGCCUAUAUCCCCGCGCACUGAAUUGUCGUUAUAAAUUGCAUACGCGUCAGCCAUAUAUAAAACUGUAUUUGCAGAAUGAGCAAUUCGGGGUGGAUGGACAGCGGUGUGAGAACGUCAUGACUUGUCCAAUACGACCAAUAGGUUCCGGCAAGGAACACUGUCCCUACGAUUGGCUUGCCGUCUAUGAUGGUCGCGAUGAGCAUUCGCCACUUAUUGGCAAAUUUUGUGGGCUGGGCAAAUUUCCGUUUAGCAUUAUUGGCACCUCGCAAUACAUGUACGUCGAGUUCGUCACCUCACCGGCGGGCCCGCUGCUCAAUACUGGUUUUCAUUUCAAUGUUGGCAAUUGGCCUGGGCACGUCGAGACAGCGGGCAUCAAGCAUGGCAUAUGUGAUUGGCUGCUCAGCUCCGACUCGCUGAAGGAUAGUAGUGCCAGUGAGGGCAUAUUUUUGAGUAUCGCUCAUUGGUAUCCGCCGAAUACGUCGUGCAGUUAUCACAUUAAAGGGCGAAUAGGCGAAAUUGUGCGGUUAUACUUUCCAAGCUUCCGCAUAAAUCGCAUCGAGUCACCGAUACUCAAGUACGACGGUGACUGCGGUGAAUCGCUGACCAUUUACGAUUCAGAUCAUCCCGAUCCAGCACGUAUUAUCAAAACCUUUUGCGAUACAUUCUCACGACCCAUGGAAAAAGUGGACUUCGUGAGUACUAGUCCUUCGCUAUAUGUGCAAUUCGAUUCGAAAACGGGUUCCUAUAGUGGCUCAUCGCUCUAUUAUUGGGCACAUUAUGACUUCUUCAAUAAUACACGCUUCGGCGAUCCAGUGCCGAAUACGCUCUGCGAUGAAGUUAUGUAUGCCUGGAAACAUCCGGGUGGCAAAAUUCGCUCACCAAUGAAUUCUUUAAUCUUCAAACGCACCGGCGGGUCUGAUGUACGCUGCCAAUAUAAGUUCGUGACUGAUCGUCGAUUAUAUGCACGCGCAGUAAUCGAAGUUACCUCAGUGUCAUUUAAGGAAUUGCCGUAUAAUAACAAUGCCUGCACGCGUUGCCAUGAAGAACGUGUUGACAAGCUGGUCAUUUGGGAGGAACGAGAGAAAUUCCAGAAUAAUCUCGCCUGCUUCUGCGACAACAUACCGCGAGCUGUGCGCGUGAUAUCAUCAGCGGAUCAGAUGAACCUGGAGAUGAUCGUACAGGGUCAACAUGCGAUCACGUCCUAUUUCAAGAAUCCCAAUCCACUAUUCGAGGCGUCUUAUGAGUUUGCGCACGGUCCGCUAUGUGGUCCCAUAACAUUGGGGCCCUCGCCUGAUGGUGAAUUGGUGUUUCCGUAUAAGAAAGCAUUGGCCAUGGCGGCGGGCCCAAUGGCCGCAGUGCCUGAGCAUCAUUAUCGUCGCGAAAAGUGCAUUUGGGAACUGAAAGUAGCGGCACAACGCGAUCUAUGGUUGAAUUUGGAAAAGGCGCGCUUCGGUGAUCGCACCUGUGAGAGCGCUAAAAUUGAGGUAUAUCUCGCCGGCCGUCUCGAGCCUCGCUUCAUAAUGUGCCCGGAAAACAUUUCGUUGGCGCGUGAUCUGCCUAUACUCUCCGCUGCGGAUCUAGGUGCUCUCGGUCCUGAUCAAGAACCGCUACCGGUCCUGAUUCAAUACACCGGCGACGGGCAGCCGGGUAAAAAUGCCUUCCGUUUAGUUUGGACCGAACUGUUCCAUUUGCCACGCAAUCCCGACGGUAGUUUGGCAUCGUCAUUGCUGCAAGAUGGCGGCUGUGAUUUCCGUUGUCCCGGCGAUACAGAGGUCUGCAUACCGCGCCGCCUGCUAUGUAAUGGUGUUGACAAUUGUCCGAAUGUGACGCACAUCUCGACGAUGACUCAACUAACGCGGCACAUUGAGUGGAAUUUGGAGCAACUCGGUCUGCUGCAUCGCGCACACGCUUACAAAGAUCUAGUGUUGCAUGACGAGUCACCGGAAAUUUGCCUGCGUCAAGAGCUAAGCGAGUUGCCAUAUGGAAAACUCAUAUUAAUCACAUUAGGUCUGAGUUUAUUGCUGACACUGUUCGUGGCGAUAUUAUGCCGCAUGUGUCGGGGGCCUGGCCACGCCUAUCACAGCAGAUACUAGAGGUGCGAGUGUUGGUUGCAUAGCAAACCGCUAGGCGCACAAGUGUAGCAGUUGUGUGCAGCGAGGCAGGAACAGCGUGAGCAGUAUGAUUCCGUUCAUUGGCGGUAGUGUAGAAAACUUAUGCUUUCGCGCCAAGGAAGCAAACUGUCUUGGAGUUAAAGAACAAAAAAUAUAUUUAGUGUGGCAGUGUGCUAAAUAACUAUACAUAUAUAUGUAUAUGAAAUUUUUUAUUUAUUUUUCGUUUAUUUUUUUACAUUUAAGUAUUGUACCUUUUUGGAAUACCCACUGAGCGAAAAAUAGUUGCCUGCUAAGUAGUCAUUGCGGGAUAUUAAAUUAAUAAAUAUAUUCUAAUUGUAAUAGAUACACAUAGGCGAGUAAACAAAUAAGUCGAAGCUGGACUUUUAUAUUUGUCCCCCAGUUUUGUUGGAAUUGAAGUAUGUAAACCAAAAGCCAGCUUAAAAUAACAUAAGGCCUUUGACUCUUAUAUAUGCACAGCUCUGGUAUAUAAUCUGUUGGCAUUUGGUAAGUUACUUUUACAGUUGUAGGCCUUAGUAUGGACGGUUUAUUUUUCACCAAAAUUAAAUCUUUUAUUUCUAAUAGUAUGAUUUUACCAAUAGCGGUAUUAUAGUAGAAGUUUUUCAUUGAAGACUCACAAAAGCUCGAGCAAUUUGUUAAGUUAUACAAAAAUUCGGAAAUUGUCGGAUGUCUUCAUCGGAAACACCAUGAGACCACUCUAAUGCAUUCGCGUGAAUAUCUUUAUUUGUCAAUAAAAGGUUAUCUAGCUGUUUAUCAGUAGUACUUCAUUUCUAUAUUUAUUGUGUCGAAGUCUACCCUGUCAUAAUAAUUUCUAUCCACCACAUCUAACUCGAAGAGUCUAACUUUGAGAGACUAUAACUGUGUUCUUAGGUACUUCAAACGUACUAAGAGCGACCUCUCGAGUAGAUAAAUACGAAUUAGAAGCUGGGAAGUUUGCCACUACCCACAGUCACAAAUAGCAUAUUUGCCCUAAAAUGGUGGGCGUUGUAAGUAAUCAAUUAAUACCGAGAUAUCCGCAAAAUGCAGUAUUCUCAAUAAAUAUUGUUCUACACAAGUUUAUAUUCUUAAUUUACCGUCUUUGACAUAUUGAACUGCCAAUGACUCACAGAAAUUUGUGAUUUUUAAUAGAUCACAAUAAAUAUUUUGAUAUUAUGAAGAAAUUAGCAUUUAAUAAAUUGUUUUGAUAAGGGAAGGAAAAUACUCCAAAAUUACUUAGAUUCAUUGUAGAGAUAUAUAAUUAAUAAAACAUAAUAAUAACUUUGUAACACUUUUAGUUAUAGCAUAUAUUCUUCCUUUACAGUAUAAAUUUAUGUAUUCUGUCUUAAUAUUUUCUUUGUUUAAGACAAUGAAGCCGGUGAUACAACUUGUACCAUAAAUUUGCACGUCCGUUGGUUAGACUUUGUCUGAAUAUGACAUUAAUCAUAUUGAAAAACAUUAGAACACUCGAAUCCACAAUUUCAUUGAAACCUCAGAACAGGUAUACUUCUUUCGCAGAAACUCACUUAUACGAAGUUAAAAAAAUAUUGUAAUGGAAAAUAUGUCACAUAGUGUUAGGAAAUGAAGAAAAAUCACCAUAAUAUUUAUGUACUAUGGUUUCAUAUUUUCAUUUUCGGCAUCUCGAUUUAUGAUUGAGUACAUAAUCACGACAAUCAUGUCCGAGAGACUAUUUGUUUCGAAUGAUAUCGAACCCAGUGUACUUCCAGUCCAUACUCGUUUACAACUGAUAAUAUCGACGGAAGCUUCAGAAAACUAUGUUCGAUUUGGUUUUCCAUUAUGUUUGUAACUUAAAACUUAAAAAAAAAAAAUUAUGAAAUUGGGUGAAACAUUCAGAUUGAACCACCUUUGUUUAUAAAGAAGAAUUAUACAUCACUGUCUGUUGAGCAUAUCGAAAGGUUAUUUUUAUCCGUAAUCAAAAUAAACUGAUUUAUAGGUUAUACCUUGCAACGUGCAAACCGGUAGUUUCGAAAACUGUUAUUUUUAUUUCUUCUAUCACUCAUCAUCCAGUGGAGAUAUAUAAAAAAAAGUCUUUGAAACUGUAAAUCCUAAUCUUGAAUUUAUUAUCUGUGCUGUCCUUUUUCUGUACAAUUAAAAUUGCUAGUUUUCUACUAAACUCAAAGUUUCUGUUCUCAAAGAUGUACGUUUGCAAGAGAAACGUUUGCCUGAGAAAUUAUAAGCCCAAAACUAAACACACUCAAUUCGGGUAUGAAAAUAUGAAACCAAAUUCUGAAUUGAGAUAAAAUUGUAAAAAACCCACUAGAAUUAUAUGAAAAUAAAAAGCAAAGGAGAAGAAGAGAAAUAUAUAGUUAUAGUCACUAAAUGGUAUAUAAAAUAUAUUACGAUUUAAGUGUAAGCAAAAACAAUUAAAAAAGCACACAUGGAUA